AUGGAAUCAGGAAACGAGGUGCGAACAAGAACAAUUUUGGAUGAUGUGAGCCUUGGCAACUUCUCCCGGUUGCCUGGAUCGAUGAUCCAUCAUAUGUGCUCGUUUCUAUAUGCUCGAGAUGUUGCUCGCACCUCUAUCCUAUCCAAAUCUUGGUAUUGUGUCUCGGCCAUUUAUUCCAACAUUACCUUCCAUUUUACUUAUGAAAAGUCGAAAUUGGAAGAUUUAUUCGAACGUGGUUUUCCUGAUGGAAGGUUUAGACAGCAAGUUCAACGCAAAAAACUCGAUUUCCUGGUUCAGACAGAUAAAUCCAUUCGAACACGCCUCGAGAGGGAGGCUAAUGUGCUCAGAUUUUAUCUACAUAUCGACUUCCCUAAUUUAAAUCUGUUGGCUCCUGGAAUAGAUGGAUGGAUUUCUCUUGCAUUGAAGAAGAAUAUUAAAGAACUUGUUCUUUGCGUUGACUGUUUAAAUCGCAUUCGGUCUUAUUAUAAUGCUACUCAAUUUGUUUCACUUGCUAGCUGUUUAAAAGUGUUGAGCUUAGGUUAUUGUACAUUUGAGAGUAAUUUGGACAUUAAACUUCCCCAGCUACAGAGGAUUUCUUUACGUGACUCUUGUUUCGCGGGUAGAUCAUUAUUUGAAAGGUUUCUCUGUGGAUGCCCUGUGAUUGAGUAUGUGAAAAUAUGGUUCUGCAAAAUAGAUGAGCAUCUCUCUAUCCCAAAUUUACCUCGACUGGAGUAUUUGAGUGUGUGA